AUGGCAUCUGCCAAAGCCAAGCACUCACAGCUUCCAAAGAUGAAGCAAGUGUCACCAAAAAGGAAGAAUCACAAACAGAAAGCUGUAUCAAGCAACAGUGAAUCAGAAACCAGUGAGAGUGAGGCUGAACCAAAACAUACUUUGAAAAAGAAACCUCCAGGUCCUCCAAAAUCUAAGCAUGUUGUCCAUGAGAGCCAGGCCAGUGAAGAAGAAAUAGAAAUUGAGCCUUUCAUUGAGGAUACUGAAGUUGAAGAGGUAAUCAUGACUUGUAUUAUUGUCAUCUUGAAGUUUUGCCAGACUAAUGGAAAUGUAGAAACAUCAAAGGGGCACUGGUGCAACAUAUGCAAAGAUGAUACAGAUUUUGUUGCAAAGCAUGGAAAACACAAGACAUUCCAUGUCGGAAUAUACAAGAGCAAAUGCAAAGAACUAGGCCUGAAGGAAAAUCACCAUGUGAUACCACAUGAUAUAGUGAAGCUGCAAGCAAAUAGGAAGAAACAAGAGAAGGAUGUCCAACAAAAUCUAGGCCAGAUGUUCCAGAAGUUGCAAAACACAGAGUAUUCAAGGGAGGACAUGCUGUGCACAGUUGCUGAAUUUGUGGUCUGUGAUAAUCAGAGCCUUGUAGUGGCAGACAAACCUGCAUUUAGAAAUUGUUUGGUGGCAAUGCAGCUAAAUGCUAUACUGGCAGACAUACCUUCAACUCAUGAUGUGUCGGCUUACAUCCACAAUGCAUUCAUUGAAUUCAUCAAGGGUCUCAAGGUCCAAAUGCAGAUGAAGGCCGCAUUUUUAGGCUUAACAGCUCACUGGAUCAAGGCUAAUGCCUCUGGUAUAUGGAUGCUUGUUUCACAGGUCAUCGCUUUCAGAGGAAUUAUCAAUGGGCAAUCAAGCAAGCUUUUCUGCAUUACUGCCAACACUACUAGCAACAAUGACACCACUUGCAACAUCAUUGAGAUGCUAUUUCACCACUGCCAUAUAUACAACUUCAAUGCCACUCAACAAUGUCUUUCCUGUCUUGCCCAUGUGGUCAACCUCACUGUCACUGACAUUAUCUGUGGUGUGACGAUCAUACUGGCGCUAGGCACAUAUGAUCACCAGCACAGUUCUUCUCACUACCAGGAAAGGAGAUAA